AUCAGUCGAUGAAUGCUUUCAUCGGGCAUCAAGUGUGUGUGGAUACUUUGGAGUUGAGAGAAUUUUAAUUAAUCAUCGGCUGACUGGCUCACUGACUGACUGACUACUUACUUUUACAUGACGACAACGAUCGGAGAAGAUGGCCUUAACUCAUCAACCUAUACCGUCAGUCGGGAGUGGAGACAGUAAUGUCUAUGAUAAGAGGUUCGAUUAUGGGGUUGCGGUGGAGCCUAGCCGGUAUCGAUGUUAGGGUAAUGUCGAUGGAUUAUCGUAACGCAAGGGCUUGAAGAAUCUUCAACAAAGUUGCAAUGAACUUUCAAAGCGUUGACUUCUAAUUUCCCUUAGAAAUUGACCCUCGUUGGGCCAUAUUGAUGUUCCUUUUAGUAUAACAAAUCAUUAUUAAUUGUUGGAUGGAAGAGGGUGAUAAAUGAUCUUUGAAUUCAGUCUUAGUGAACGAUAUUCACAAUGAGUACCGUUCAUGGCCAGACCCACCCUACCUACUACCGAUGCGCCUGAAUCAACCCCCUCAUUCUAGCUACCGAUAGUAGGCCCGCAACUCUGAGCAUUUAACAAAUUAUACAAGUUCAGUUACCGCGAUUAAAUAUUCGAUUCAAGAACUGUUUCUUUUAUUCACGCGCGCAAUUUCGCGUAUCGCUUUUUAAUUUAUUAUAUUUUUCGUUAAUAAAUUGUUAUUGUGGCGAAUAGACGAAUUUCGAUUGGUCAUAAUUGAUUGGGUGCGUGCUGUUGUGGUGAUCAUUGUGUUGAUAGUGUGAUUAGGGUGUUAUGUGUGUGUUUUUAUGGUGAAUUCCAAUCACGAUUAAUUUAGUUUCAAUAUUAUUCCAUUAACAUCGUCAACCAUUUGUGCAUGAAAAGAUACAAAAGGCAUAGAUACAACUGGAGCCACUAAGAUGACGGAAUACACAAUUCAAGCGGGACAAGGUGUUCAAUCCUCGCCACAAUAUGAUGACUAUCGAAGAAAUUUUGCCGAUGAAAGACAGGACAUACAAAAGAAGACAUUCACAAAAUGGAUUAAUGCACAUUUGACGAAAACGAAAUGCCCCCUAGUCAACGAUUUAUUCACAGAUCUCCGAGAUGGCCACCGAUUGUUGGCCCUCCUGGAGGUCCUCACAAAUUCACAAUACAAACCUGAAAAGGGACGAAUGCGAGUACAUCACAUAAACAAUUUAAACAAAGCGCUUCAAGUUCUUCAGGAACAUGGUGUCAAAAUGGUCAACAUUUCCAGCGAUGACAUUGCAGCUGGCAAUCCCAAACUCACCCUAGGAUUAAUCUGGCUGAUUGCGCUCAGCUUCAAUGGUCAGAAUUUAGUCAACUCACAAGCGGGAAGCGGGAUCGAAAAAUCGCUUCUUAACUGGGUCCGCCAGUACACCGAACCGCAUGGGCUCACUAUCAAUGAUUUCUCCAGGAGCUGGUCGGAUGGAAGAGCAUUCCUUUAUAUAAUUCACGCAAACAUAUCGAAUUUUGAUCUUAACGCAGCGAUCAAGCUACAUCCCAACGCACGGCUGAAGAUGGCGUUUGAGCUGGCUAGUCGGUAUUUCAAAAUUGACCAGCUGUUGGAUCCUGAAGACGUUAAUACGAAUAAGCCAGAUAAGAAAUCAAUCUUAAUGUAUGUUAUGUGCUUGUAUCACUCAAUUAAUUCCUGGGGAAGCGUCCACGACUUAGCCCAACAUUGCGAAAGUACCGAAUCGAUCCCGCUUGCCGACGAUGGAGAUAUUACUCCGACCCCUGCAGAUAAUGAAGCUAGCAAUGGAAACGGUAAACCUAACUUCGAUGAGUACAACAGGAAUAUACUUCCCGCGAGCACAUUCCAUGCAGGGAACACAACCGAUCUUGAUGAGAUCUCCUUAGAUAAGUCACUAGAGAAUCUUGCCGAGGCUGCAACAACAAAACAUAUUGUCAGGAGCUCAACCUUUACCAUAUCAAAAGACCAGCCAAUGAAACUGGCAGAUAUAAACUUAGAUGAACCAAAAAUGGAAUACCUAAUGGUCGAUCAGUCGAAAUCAAGGCCGCUUUCAACAGCGACAAAUGCAUCAAUCGAGAUUAGUGGAUACCAAGCCGCGCUAGAGGCUGUACUGGCCUUACUUCUUGAAGAUGAGGAAGUCCUUUCAAGAGAACUUUCAGAACCAACUGAUUUUCCCAGUGCUAAGGCGCAGUUCAGCGAAAAUGAACAGUUUAUGUUGAAGUUAACUGAGCACCAGCAAUUUGUCGGCGAAGCGCUCGAGGAAGGCUCAAUGUUGAUUAGUGAGUCUCAGCGAACAUGUGGCUUGACAUUAGAGGAUCAGAACGAGAUUCGACAGCAAAUGGUUUUGCUGAAUGAACGUUGGGAGACGUUACGUGUACGAGCGCUGGACGUACAGGCAAAAAUUUUAAGUAGUUUAGCCGAAUUCCAGUCACAGCAAAUUGAGGAGCUUAGAAUAUUUCUGACAAAUACUGAAGAUCGGAUAUCACGAAUGUCAGAGAUCGGUCCAACUUUGAAUGAUGUUAACCGACAGGUGAAGGAGAUAAAUGAAUUCCGAGAAGAUUUGAAGAAACAGCAAUCUUUAGUGGAUAACCUGAGUAACAUGGUUGUGAUUGUGAAUGAUGAAUCUGGAAGUUUUAACGACCUCGAAGACAAGCUCUCGGCUCUGGGUGAACGGUGGUCACAUGUGAUCAAAUGGAGUGAAAUUCGGGCCGAGAAGCUUCAUCAAUACAAAGUAAUAACGAAAUGGAUGGACGCGAGGGAGAAAGACCUCAAAACCAUGGAAUCAAAGGAGCUUACGGAAUUGGGGAAUAUAACCCGGCGCAUAAACGAUCUUCGCUACUGCGAAUUAGAUCUUAAAGAGCUGGAACGGUACUUGGUCGAUUUAAGACAAAUGGUGCAAACAAUGCAGGAAGGUCAAAAUUCUGAACAAGUUUUGGAACAAAUUGAAAGCCUUGAGGACCGCUUGGAUGCAUUGAAUCAAAUUGUCGAAGUGCAGAGGGUGCGCAUAGAGUACAUGGGCUUUAAAUUCCCCACUUCAUCCGAGGAAAGGAAAGUGGAACGGCCAGGCUCUUGGACUGACUUCCAAAUGAUCAUCAAGUUUGGCGAAGAAGAGGCGACAACAGAGGAAUCAUCACCGCAGUCGAGCAAGAAGCGGAAGCUCCAGAAGUCUGCAAAUUUGACAUCUUUAGAAAAGACGAUCGCUGAAAAUUUGAAUCUCCUGGAAGACUGCGAUGAGAAGAUUUUUAGUUUGUCACGACAUAGCUUGAAAGACCAGGCUCAGAUAUUGAAUGAUGUAAGUAAAAUGCUAUCAGAUCGGCAAGACAAUCCACAGCAUCUUGAGAGUCUUUUGCGUGAAUGCCAGGAUGAGGAUCCCAAUCGGAAUUUAACUCUCGAAACGAGCCAAGUGGCGCAAAUCGCCGAUCGAUACAAGACCCUCAACCAAACGGUAGCUGAAAUGCGUACUGACCUCGAUCACAAAAUCGCCAAAGAUAAAUUCUAUAAAAGCCUAACUGGCUUCAAGUUGGUGUUAGCUGACUCCCGUGAUUGGUACAAACAACAUGCGAAUACUGCAACGAAAGCAGAACUAGAAAAUCGUCUCAGUGACAUGGAUUCCUUAUCCGAUGAGAUUGCCGAGGCGAAAGCAACCACAAACAAACUCACGGAUGAUUUACAAGAGUGGAAAGAUGACUUCAAUCAAUUCCAUGAAAGUUGGAAUGACAUGAAAAAAGCAAUCGCACGACUCAUACAAUCCAAAGGUGGCUUCGAUGAUGUACAUUCCAGACUGCAACGACUGCAAGAUUUCGUUGCGGAAGCAGAUACUGUGCAUGUGAUUGUAUCUGAUGAUAGUGCAAUGGAUGCGAAUCUUCAGAAAUUAAAUGAGUUGCGGGAAAAGUAUCAGCAGCUCGAGGAAGACUACUCGUUUGUGUACGAAAAAAGUGAUCAUGGCGAGAUCGGGGACCUCCUCGAUAUAUGGUCCAAGCUUGCUGAUGUUAUUAAUGAUCGAAUUAUCAAACAGAACACGGGGAUCGAAAAUCUAAACCAUUUCAACGCUGAGUACGAUACGAUUGUAAACGUCCUGCGGGGAUUGGAGACAACAUUCAAAACAGAUCUCUUUGUCCUAGGCGAGCUGAAGAUGUUGCAGUCCCAGUCUGAAGAUUAUGAUCAACACGCGACUCAGUUGAAAAAGAUUGAAAUCGACGUGAUCAGUGUACGGAAUUUCAGCGAGAUCAUCAUGAAGGAUGCAACUGAGGAGCACAAGGUUGCUCUGACAAAUCGUGUCAGUGAUCUGAAUCAUUUUUAUACCAGAGUCCUGGAUUUGUAUCAUCAGAAUUCGAAAAAGAUACAUCAAAUCCUGAUAAAAACUGAAGAGGUCUUACAACGCGUCCAUCAGAUGGAGUUGUGGCUGAACGAUCUCGAAAUGAAUACUCCGAAAAAUGCCAAUUCUGAUAUCAGCAAUUCAAAUGAACUAUUCCAGAUCAAGUCUAAAUUCCAAACGCUCAAGGAGACAUGUGAGCGGGAAACAAUUAAGUUUCGCGAACUCAAUGAAACUGGAAGUGAUAUAAUAUUGCAGAUUGAUGAUUUGGUGCAGCAGGACUCGGAGCACAAAUACACGUACUUGGCUAAGAGGUUCACGAAAUUGAAUGCGCGUUGGAAUGAUGUCACGGCGCAAGUUUAUAAUCGGACGGCAUUGCUGGAACAUAUUUCUAGUCAGUUGGGUGAGUUGAAGAAGUUGGUAGUGUCGGAGACAGGAUAUUUGGAUAAGCUGGAGAAGAAGCUGAGGAAGAGUCCUGAAAAUGCUGCCGAUGCGGAGGAAAUUAUCGAAGAACUGGAUGACUUGGAAAACAAAAUACGAAACCACUCGGACGAUCGUCUUGACAAGAUCCAGGAGAUCGGCAACGAGCUAAUCGAGCUAGGAUUCAUGGCUGACUCAAUCAAAAGCGAGGUCAAAACGCUUGUGGACCGCUGGGAUCAUUUGCAACACAAGGCGAAACAAAGAACUGAAAUUUUGGAAAUGGAAGUAUCUGAAGCAGAAAAGUCGGAAAAAUGUGUAACGAUUUUAGAAAGAUGGCUUACACGUGUCGACGAAAUACUCAGUGAACAUUUGGAGAAUGAUGUUACCGUUGAAGAUUUACCACAUGAUUUCCAGCGCCUUGCCGAAGAGUUUAAAGAAAACGAGAAGAUAUUAAACGAAGUCCGAGAUCUUAUCACGCAAUACGCCCAAAAGGGAAAAGUUGAGGCAGCCAAUCGAUUAAGGGACCAACUUAAUUUACUGGAGAAUCGCUUCAAAUCCUGUCAACUGAAACUGAACAAAUGCACAGCUCCUCAAGCUGCGUAUGAAUCGCGAUUGAGUCGUGCCAUUGGUGAACUCAGAAAUGUUGAAAGAACCACGUUGGUGCUUGAUGUGGCCUCAGCAGGACCUUCCCUAGUUCAUGAUCAGUAUCAACAUUGUUUGAAAAUCUACCGAACUUUAUCCGAAAUCAAAGGUGAAAUCGAGAAUACAAUAAAAACAGGACGAAAAGUAUGUGAGGACAAGUACACAAAGGAUCCCAAGCAAUUAUCACAACGAAUAGAUGCUCUUAAGCAUCUUUACAACGCACUCGGUGAAAACGUAACACAAUCCAAAAAAUCCUUGGAAGGACUUCUUGCCCUUUCGACUCAAUUAAAUGAAAAUCUCCAGAGAACGGAAUUGCUUGUGAAACUAUGCGAGACACAACAGAUACAAGAUAAAAAUCUGAAAUUUCAUGAGAUUGAAGAUUUAUUACGUAAAUGUGAACAUAUCUACGAUGAAUAUGCGAAACAAUGCGAACGAAUCUACAUGGAGGAUAUACGACAGAAAAUAGAUUCGUUACGUACGAAAUAUUUGAAAUUAUCGAGUGCGGAUGUGGUUAAGAGCCUGAAUGAGAUGAAGUCGACACUGCAAAAUUUGGAUAACAUUUCCAUGGAGACGUUAAAGACGAUGGAGAGUGAUCUACAAAAAAUCAACGUGGUGGAUUCCGAGAUAGAAACACUUCACUCACAGGUGAUUGGAAUCGUAAAGGACGCGAUUAAUCAACGGAAUGCGGCUGAAAAUAAGGAGAGCCAGGAUGCGGAUACCGAAAUUGUAGUAGUGAGUGACACAGUUCGGCAAAGGCGCGCCAGGACUCCUUCAGCUAACGAGAAUACCAGCGAACGUAUGGGUAACGGUGUGACAGACGAGCAGGCUUCCAGUGAGAGAGCAGCUAGUCCAAAAGCAGAAGCAUCAUCUCCAACAAUGGAUAACAAUCGUAACGUCUUGCCGGAUUUGUUGCCCACAACCUUCCGAUUGGCUGAGUCCAGUUCGUUAUUCUCUGAUAUUUCGAAGAAUAAACCUAUAGCGAAUAGCGAGCUUCCACCUCGUGCCGAGCGGUCUUCACGUGGCGCCCGCAGACAACAGCAGCAGGACUUCUCGGUAGUCGCGAUACGCGAGAAGAAUUUAGGAAACGAAAAAAUGUCUGUGGUCCAAAAUGUCGAAGUCGAUGAAUCGGAGAAUCUUGACCCGAAAGUUGGAGAAAUCGUCGAUACGAUCAACAUCCUUGAAAGUGUUGAUACCUUCGAACCUGAGUACGUUGAAACCGUUCACAUAAUCGAUGCCUCGGAGGAUACAUCGGAUACCGAUUCGUCCUUGCAUCUGGACGAAAGUGGGGGCAAUAAAGAGGACACAAAAAUUGAGUUCGAGAAAGACAUUGACACUUCUGAUCCUCACUUGGCUGAUGAAGUUGAGAUCCGACCGUCUGAUAGUGGAGUGCUGAGAGUGGAAAAACAGCGAAUCUCUUUUGAGGAGAAACGAAAACGUUUGGAGAACGAACGUGAUUUACUUCGCGAUUCGGAAGAGGAGCUGGAUCAGGAGAAGAUGCCACGAUCGAAACCGAAGAAGGCACGUCCAAGCCCACGUGAUGCUGGUAUACCACUUUCUCCCAGUGCAAUUCGCGAUAGCUUUUAUAGUCAGGAUAAGGAGAAUUUCGAUGAACCACUUGUGUUUUCCGAAGAUGAGGACAUACCAAGAUUUUCUUUAGAGCUUGCUCCUGGUCUAGAGUCUGAUAGUGAUACGAGUCGUAUCGAAAGUCCCAGUGCUAAAAAAACGAAUGCUAUGCAAAGUAAACUAUCAACGUCCGAUAUCAGUAGUGGAUCAUCUCCAGUUCGCUAUGAUUCAUAUAAGAAUCCGUCUUCUUUGGAGCAAAGAGUACAGGAAUUCGACAAAAUGGCCAAGUAUAUGAUUCGAAAAUUGGAGGCCACAAAGGAUAAGAUUGAGUCCUGUGAUGAUGGCGAAAGUGCAAUCGAGCACCUGAAAAUGUCUAUAGCUCCUGAUGCAGCUACUCUAAUCUCACAGGGCGAUUCUCUAGUCCUGGAAACUCACGGAAAAUCGGGAAAUCUUUCGCAAAUCGUUAUGAAAACUCAAACGCUUUUACGAGAGAAAUUCCGUGAGGUUCAACAGGCCAAGCUUCCCAAGGUCCUUACUGAUAUUAAUACGAAACUAUUGAAGCAAUCGCCAACUGAACGAAUUGAUAAUCAGAACCAAUAUAGCCCGACAUCGAAGGUAAUGUCGGAUAAGAAACUUCCAAGCGAUUUGAGCCGGUCGAAAAUCAGCCAAGAGAUUAAUUUAGAUGAAUUGUUGACUAAAUCAAUGAAGCGAGUUUAUGACUUAAUUGAGAAGCCUUUGGACAGGUUCUCUGAAAUUGAGCUGAAUAGGAGAAUAUUGGAAAUUAAUGAUCGCCGAGACGAUUUAAAAUUAGCACUAACUGCAGCACUUUCACAUAAGUCGAAAUCACCCAGCAAAGUAAAGAGGGCGAUGGAGGCACUUGAUAAGGCUAAAGUUGAUUUGGCGGUGCACGCUGACUCUGUGGAGACAUCGCUUGUAAAUCUAAGCGCUGAACAGGAGAAAGCAGCGGAGUUCAGCAGGAAAACUGUAACUGGCACACUUACUUCGCCUGGAGGGCAAUCUGGAAGUAGCAGCAGCGAUAAUGUCAGCCCGAAAUCUGAUAAACCAGCCUACGUGCCUGGAUCAUUUGCUGCGAAAGCAAGCCAAAAGACCGCAAUUCCAGGACUGUCUCUAGCUGGAAGUUUUGAGAAGUCCGUUUUGCAGAUAUCUGAUUGGCUAACUUGGGAACAAAACAUGAUUAAAGGACAAAGUAUCCUUGUUGGAGAUAUCGACGCAAUACGAGCAGCAAUCGAGAAGCAGAAGAAUGUCCUUCGUGAGUUGGACGUGAAGAAGCCACAAUUGAAUGAGUUGGUGCAAACGGCUGAAACGUUGAAAGUCGAAGUUAAUAGGCAACAAUUGCAAGAGAAAGCCGAGAAACGUGAUGCCUUCAGAAUGGUAGCACGGAACUGCUCCAUUGACUUGGAUAACCUGAGAACUUGCCUGAAAGUGACGAGAUUACGAGAGCAUUGGGACGAGACAUCACAAUGUGUCCUUCAGCGUGCAUCACAGCUUAAAAAUAUGCUGGGCGACUCACAAAGAUACGAAAGCAAACGAUUGGAAAUUGAAACAUGGCUAUCCCGCAUGGAAAACCGUUGCGAACGAAUGGGGACUGUUGCUACUACCGCUGAUGUCCUCGAAGCACAACAGAAAGAACAAAAGUCCUUCCAUGCCGAGCUGCAUCAAUAUAAACAUCAAAUCGAAUUAUUCAAUGGUCUAACACAGAAAUUGAUUGCAGUUUAUCCAGGCGAUGAUACCUCGCGUAUCAAACGCAUGACAGAGUCUGUAAAUCAAAGAUACAACAAUCUGAACAAUGCGGUCAUCAACCGCGGCAAAUUGCUUCAUGCUGCAGUUCACAACUUGCAGUCCUUUGACCGAUCCAUGGAUCAGUUCUUGGCCUGGCUAUCGGAAGCGGAGUCGCAGUGUGAAAGCGUCGAGUCGGAAAUCGACCGGAAUCCACUUGUGCUUAAGGACCUUCAAUCCGAAAUAGAAACGCAUCGUGUUGUUUACGACCGUCUUGAUGGCACUGGCCGUAAACUUCUUGGUUCGUUGACAUCACAAGAGGAUGCAGUCAUGUUACAAAGACGCCUGGAUGAGAUGAAUCAAAGAUGGAAUCAUCUAAAAGCUAAAAGCAUUGCAAUUAGAAAUCGAUUGGAAUCGAAUGCUGAACACUGGAAUGCAUUGCUACUGUCCUUGCGGGAACUCACCGAAUGGGUGAUACGAAAGGACACCGAAUUAUCUUCGCUUGGAUUAGGUCCAGUUCGUGGUGAUGCGGCGAGUUUGCAAAAGCAGUUGGACGACCACAAAGCAUUCCGGCGACAACUGGAAGAUAAGCGGCCUAUCGUCGAAAACAACCUCCUCAGCGGACGCCAGUAUGUGGCCAGUGAGCCACCUGUUUCGGAUACCAGCGAUACUGAAGCUAUUGAUAGUGAUUCUCGCUAUCUCUCGGCUGAGGAACAGAGCCGCGAAUUGACACGCAGCAUCCGCCGGGAGGUUGCAAAACUUUCAGAGCAAUGGAACAACUUAAUUGAUCGCUCGGAUCACUGGAAGCAUCGAUUGGACGAAUACAUGACGAAAAUGCGGCAGUUCCAGAAAACAUUGGAAGAUCUUAGCUCCAGAGUUGCUUCAGCUGAAACCACGACAUCCACCUGGACAGCCCCGAACAGUGCUAAUGAAGCUACCGAACAGAUGCAACACUUACAACGGCUACGGGAUAAGAUGACAACAGCAUGCGCCCUUCUGGAUGAUUGCAAUGAACAGCAAGGUUUCUUCACAGCCAAUCAUGUUCUUGUUCCGACACCCUGUCUGUCUAAAUUGGAAGACCUAAAUACCAGAAUGAAACUACUCCAAAUUGCAAUGGACGAACGGCAAAAAGUCCUUAUGAAUGCUGGUGCAAAUCAAUCACUGGGCAACAGUGAGGAUGGCCGAACAACCUCGAACAGCGGCACCAUUGGACCACUACCAAACCUUGGACAAAGUGUUAAACCGCCAUGGGAACGUGCAACGACCGCAGCAAAUGUGCCUUACUAUAUAGAUCAUGAACGGGAAACAACGCAUUGGGACCAUCCCGAAAUGAUUGAAUUGAUGAAAUCUCUGGCCGACUUGAAUGAAGUGCGAUUCUCGGCUUAUCGAACGGCACUAAAACUGAGAGCAGUUCAGAAACGAUUAGCCUUGGACCGAAUUCCAAUGUCCGUGGCAAUCGAUUCAUUCGAUCGACAUGGCCUACGGGCGCAAAAUGAUAAAUUGAUCGACAUCCCCGAUAUGACGACUGUCCUGCACUCGCUCUACGUCACCAUCGAUCAAAUCGAUUUGCCAUUGAUGCUUGAUUUGGCCAUUAAUUGGAUUCUCAAUGUCUACGACUCACAAAGGACUGGACAGAUAAGGGUGCUAAGCUUUAAGGUUGGACUGAUAUUAUUGUGUAAAGGACAUCUCGAGGAGAAGUACCGGUAUCUGUUUCGUUUGAUAGCCGAUCCGGAACGCAAAGUCGACCAAAGGAAGUUGGGAUUGCUAUUACAUGACUGUAUACAGGUUCCUCGUCAGUUGGGCGAAGUGGCGGCAUUUGGUGGCUCCAACAUUGAACCCUCGGUUCGCUCGUGCCUCGAAAGAGCCGGAAUCUCACAAGAUGUUCAAGGUGAAAACGCUGAAAUAUCAAUAGAAGCGCAACAUUUCCUCGGCUGGCUGCAGCAUGAACCACAAAGUUUGGUAUGGCUUCCUGUCCUCCAUCGUCUCGCGGCUGCAGAAAAUGCCAAACAUCAGGCCAAAUGCAACAUCUGCAAAGAAUAUCCAAUAAUUGGAUUCCGAUAUCGUUGCUUGAAAUGCUUCAAUUUCGAUAUGUGCCAGAAAUGUUUCUUCUUCGGACGUAAUGCCAAAAAUCAUAAAUUAAGUCAUCCAAUGCAUGAAUAUUGCACAACGACAACAUCAACGGAGGACGUACGUGACUUUACCCGGGCACUAAAAAACAAAUUCAAAAGUCGAAAGUAUUUCAAAAAGCAUCCUCGAGUUGGGUAUCUGCCGGUGCAAAGUGUUCUCGAAGGCGACGCGCUCGAAAGUCCUGCUCCUAGUCCCCAGCACACAACUCAUACGCUCCAGAAUGAUAUGCACUCGAGGCUUGAAAUGUAUGCAUCGCGCCUGGCACAAGUGGAAUACGGAACAGGAUCAAAUUCGACGCCCGAUAGUGAUGACGAACAUCAGUUGAUAGCACAAUACUGCCAAUCUCUGCCAAAUAAUGGGAGUGCUGGAGGAAGUUCUGGACCUAAAUCACCGGUUCAAGUGAUGGCUGCUAUGGAUGCCGAGCAACGAGAAGAAUUGGAGGCAAUCAUCCGUGAUUUGGAGGAGGAGAAUGCCCAAUUGCAGGCGGAAUAUGAUCAACUUAGAUCGAAACAGACGCCGUCGACGACACCGGAUGAGAGUAUGAACUCUGGCGUUCCUAGUCAAGGACAAGACAUGAUAGCCGAGGCGAGGCUUCUUCGUCAGCACAAAGGACGUUUGGAGGCACGAAUGCAAAUUCUGGAGGAUCAUAACCGUCAGCUGGAAGCCCAACUACAGCGUCUACGUCAACUCCUGGAUGAGCCUAAUAGUAUUAGCACGAAGCCAUCGACUCUGCAAACGAGAUCCGUGACGGCUUCCCAACUCAACACUGAAUCGCCAGCCAAAAUGCAGCAGAACGGCCACUACGAGCAGAACUCAAGUGAUGGCAACACUGGCCACAAUGGAACAACGACUGGUAAUUCUUUGGUGCUGGGAGGCGGUGGUGGAAUGAAUGUCGGGGGUGGUGGAGGUGGAACGACUGGUGGUCCAGCAGGCAUCAAUUCAGUGGGCCACAUGAUAGGCGACGAUGGACGUCCUCCGCCACCUCCGCACUCGAGCCUGCUUCAUAUGGCUGGACGAAUUUAAUCAGCUGCCAAAUGAAACAGGACGACCGAUGAUCUUGGUCGAGCAGUGGAGGAAUUAGUCACGGUCAUAACCGAACAGGAGAUUGAACAAAAUGAAAAUGGUAACGGAACGGCUUUGGAUGCGAAGAAGCCCUAACAGCAAAAAUCUUGAUAUUCAAUGUGUCGCUAAGAAAGUAUCAGCUAAAAUUUAUAGAACUUCUAAAAAAAAAACAACAAACUAAGCAUAAAAGUCAGAUACUGACAUUGGACUAAGUAAAAACCAUAUUGUUAGGAUAAUUCCUCUUUUCCAAUUUUUAUUAUUUUGGACAAUACUUAUUGUACGUAUAUUUUUCAAUCUACAACCAAAUGAAAGUAUAUAUAUACACGCAUAUAUCUUUUUAAGAAUAAGAACUACUACUGUACAUUUUCGUACAUGUUUUCUAAAAGAAUGAUAAUACUUAGUGGUGGUGGAUGUCUGCCACGGACUUGACGGGAACUUCAUUUGUAAAUUCAAGAAGGAUGCAGUCCCCUCCCCGCUAAAUAACGUUCGUAGCAUAUCCCCUACCGUAACUUAUACAUAGAUACAAUGGACUUUUACAAGAAUUAUUAAGGACUUUGUCCACAUAUCCACGUGAUUUGUACACACCUAUUGGUACCUACUUAUUGUCUGUCCAUCAUUUGCGAUAAUUGUUCAGUUCUUAUUUGUUUGUUGUUCUAGGUAGCGAAGGAAAUUUUAUAUGUUGUCGGCAAAUGGCCGGAUGAUUGUUACUUAGCGCUUCCGUUCUCAUGUUUAUAUUCUUUUUUGAAGCACCUGAUCCGCUUGGUAGACAGGUCGAAAUCUCUAGUUGCAACAAUAUCGGAUAACAAUUGUUAGAAAGUUGAAAUAAACAAAAUUUUACCUAAGAAAAGUAGAUAUCGUACUAAGUUUCGGGCUCGAUACUUGUAGGUUUAAAUAAACUUAGCUAAAAUACGGGAAACUGUCAAGAGGACGGAGCUUCAGAUGAAUCAUGAAAGGAAUUCUACAAAUCUUAGAGUGUCAGUCACUCCCAGACAGCAGAUAUUAUCCAAUUAUGAACAGGAAAUGCGUCAUAUCUUUACAUGCAUUCUUUUGAUAAAUACAUUGAAAAAUCUACAAAAAGAAAAAUUCACUUAUUUUCUGUUGUGCUAGGAAAAUUUGCUAACAUAAUCCACUACCUUUUAAGUAUUACCAAGGAUGACAGAAAGUUUAUAUAGAAAAUGCAUCAAGUGAGCAUGUUUUUCGGAGCAAAACUGAACCCUUUGUAGUGGUAAUAUCAAUCUAAACUUGUAUAAACAUAUCUUAAACAUUGAAUCAAUGAUAGACAUGGCGAAAGCCAAGAGCUGGGUACGAAAAUUGAUUUAGCUAAGCCUUCCAACAGCUCUUCCUUCAGAAAAUUAUUUGAUUUUAGACAUGGUGACGGUACUAUAAUUUUUCAAUAUUUUUUUUGUAUGAAACCUUAAUUUUUCAGACUAUCCAAUUUAUUUUGUUUCAAUCUUUGUUUAAAUAUAUAGUAAAAUGUUAAUUGUCAUAUAA